GCAGAAAUGGCGUUUGAAGAAAAACUAUGUUUUGUACUUAAUAUUGAUUCAUAUUAGAAAGGAAUUCUAUCCAAACAAAAUGAUGCAUAAUUCAGGUGCCAAGUGUUGGAACAGUUUAAAUCAACCUGUGUUACAUGGAGAAUAUUUUACUCCAAAUGCAAAAGAUAUCUGUAAGAAAUGCAAAUGCCUUGCUGGACAAGCUAUGGGCUGCUUCUUUGAGAAAUGUCCUCAAUUACCUGGUUGUGAUCGUUAUAAACAAGUUGAGGGAACCUGUUGUGAAUUUGAGUGUUUACAAGGUAAUGGGCUAUCAGGCAAAACAGAAUUUGCAGUGCUGUUCUCAUUAAGCACUGGGUUGGUGGUUUUGUUGAUUAUACUUUUUUUGGUGCUUUACUGUCAACAUCAGAGAAUCAAAAAGUCCAAAAAACAAAGUGAAAUGACAAAAACACAAUCUGCUACCGAACAGUCACAAUCAACAACUGCAUGCUCUCCUGGUGUCAUUACACACCAGUUGAAACAACUCCACAAGGUCAUACUGAGUUGCCACCACCAUACUCAGCAGAGCCGCGCUGUCGUGUUGUAA